UAUUACUCCUGAUCGGUAUUAUUUUGUACACACAUCCUUGGACACUCCGGACUGCUGGUCCUCCGCACGGGGCCUCAGAGAGACUCUUUGGUUCUCUGGAAACAGGGAGCUUAUACAGAGACGCCUCCCUCCCCUCCGACCCCCCUUCCCCCAGCCUGCGAGCCCGGAGGCGCGGGGAGGGAGGAGGAGGAAGAUGCCCGGCGUCGGCUGGCAGAUGCUGUCCCUGACGCUGGGGUUAGUGCUGGCGAUCGUGAACCCGGCGGCCCCGCAGGCGUGUCCGGCGCAGUGCUCCUGCUCGGGCAGCACCGUGGACUGUCACGGAUUGGCACUGCGCAGUGUGCCCAGGAACAUCCCCCGCAACACCGAGCGACUGGAUCUGAAUGGAAAUAACAUCACUCGGAUUACGAAGACAGAUUUUACUGGGCUCAGGCACCUCAGAGUUCUUCAGCUUAUGGAGAACAAGAUUAGCACCAUUGAAAGGGGAGCAUUCCAAGAUCUUAAGGAACUGGAGAGACUGCGUUUAAACAGAAAUCACCUUCAGCUGUUUCCUGAGUUGUUGUUUCUUGGGACAUCGAAGCUAUAUAGGCUUGAUCUCAGUGAGAAUCAAAUUCAGGCCAUUCCAAGGAAGGCUUUCCGAGGGGCAGUUGACAUUAAAAAUUUGCAACUGGAUUACAACCAGAUCAGCUGUAUUGAAGAUGGGGCUUUUCGGGCUCUCCGGGACCUGGAAGUGCUCACUCUCAACAAUAACAAUAUUACAAGGCUUUCUGUGGCAAGUUUCAACCAUAUGCCAAAACUUCGAACUUUUCGACUCCAUUCCAACAACCUGUAUUGUGACUGCCACCUGGCCUGGCUCUCCGACUGGCUUCGCCAAAGGCCUCGAGUAGGCCUGUACACGCAGUGUAUGGGCCCUUCCCACCUGAGGGGUCAUAAUGUCGCCGAGGUUCAAAAACGAGAAUUUGUCUGCAGUGGUCACCAGUCAUUCAUGGCUCCUUCUUGUAGUGUUUUGCACUGCCCUGCUGCUUGUACCUGCAGCAAUAAUAUUGUGGACUGCCGUGGGAAGGGUCUUACUGAGAUCCCCACGAAUCUGCCGGAGACCAUCACAGAAAUACGCUUGGAACAGAACUCAAUCAAGGUCAUUCCUCCCGGAGCUUUCUCACCAUAUAAAAAGCUCCGAAGAAUUGACCUGAGCAAUAAUCAGAUCUCUGAACUUGCACCAGAUGCUUUCCAAGGACUCCGCUCUCUAAAUUCACUUGUCCUCUAUGGAAAUAAAAUCACAGAACUCCCCAAGAGUUUAUUUGAAGGACUAUUUUCCUUACAGCUGCUAUUACUGAAUGCCAACAAGAUAAACUGCCUCCGCGUAGAUGCUUUUCAGGAUCUGCACAACCUGAACCUGCUCUCCCUGUAUGACAACAAGCUGCAGACCAUUGCCAAAGGCACCUUUUCAGCUCUCCGGGCUAUCCAAACGAUGCAUCUGGCGCAGAACCCCUUUAUUUGUGACUGCCAUCUGAAGUGGCUGGCGGAUUAUCUGCAUACCAACCCCAUUGAGACCAGCGGUGCCCGCUGCACCAGCCCCCGCCGCUUGGCAAACAAAAGAAUCGGACAGAUCAAAAGCAAGAAAUUCCGUUGUUCAGCUAAAGAACAGUAUUUCAUUCCAGGUACAGAAGAUUACCGAUCAAAAUUAAGUGGAGACUGCUUCGCAGAUUUGGCUUGUCCCGAAAAGUGCCGAUGUGAAGGGACCACAGUAGAUUGCUCCAACCAGAAACUCAACAAAAUCCCAGACCACAUUCCCCAGUACACUGCAGAGCUGCGACUCAAUAACAAUGAAUUCACAGUGUUGGAAGCCACAGGAAUCUUUAAGAAACUUCCUCAAUUACGUAAAAUCAAUUUUAGCAACAAUAAAAUCACAGAUAUUGAGGAGGGAACAUUUGAAGGAGCAUCUGGGGUAAAUGAAAUACUUUUCACUAGUAACCGUUUGGAAAGUGUUCGGCAUAAGAUGUUCAAAGGAUUGGAAAGCCUCAAAACUUUGAUGUUGAGAAGUAAUCGCAUAAGCUGUGUUGGGAAUGACAGCUUUAUAGGACUCAGUUCUGUACGUUUGCUUUCUUUGUAUGAUAAUCAAAUUACUACAAUUGCACCAGGGGCGUUUGACACACUCCAUUCCUUAUCUACUCUAAACCUCUUGGCCAAUCCUUUUAACUGUAACUGCUACCUGGCUUGGUUGGGAGAGUGGCUCAGGAAGAAAAGGAUUGUAACCGGAAAUCCUCGCUGUCAAAAGCCAUACUUCCUCAAAGAAAUCCCAAUCCAGGAUGUGGCCAUUCAGGAUUUCACUUGUGAUGAUGGAAACGAUGACAAUAGUUGCUCUCCACUGUCUCGCUGUCCUGUGGAAUGUACCUGCUUGGAUACUGUUGUCCGAUGUAGCAACAAGGGCUUAAAGAUCUUGCCAAAAGGAAUUCCAAGAGAUGUCACAGAGUUGUAUCUGGAUGGUAACCAAUUUACACUGGUCCCGAAGGAACUCUCUAACUACAAGCACUUAACACUUAUAGAUUUAAGCAACAACCGAAUAAGCACUCUUUCGAAUCAAAGCUUCAGCAACAUGACCCAGCUUCUCACCUUAAUUCUUAGUUACAACCGGCUGAGAUGUAUUCCUUCCCGAACAUUUGAUGGAUUAAAGUCUCUUCGAUUACUAUCUUUACAUGGAAAUGAUAUUUCUGUCGUCCCUGAAGGUGCUUUCAAUGAUCUUUCUGCAUUAUCACACCUAGCAAUUGGAGCCAACCCUCUUUACUGUGAUUGUAACAUGCAGUGGUUAUCCGACUGGGUAAAGUCGGAAUAUAAGGAACCUGGAAUUGCUCGCUGUGCUGGUCCUGGAGAAAUGGCAGAUAAAUUGUUACUUACAACUCCCUCCAAGAAAUUUACCUGUCAAGGUCCUGUGGAUGUCAAUAUUCUGGCUAAAUGUAACCCCUGUCUGUCAAAUCCCUGCAAAAAUGACGGCACCUGUAACAACGAUCCAGUUGACUUCUACCGGUGUACCUGUCCAUAUGGUUUCAAGGGGCAAGACUGUGAUGUCCCAAUUCAUGCCUGCAUCAGUAACCCAUGUAAGCAUGGAGGGACUUGCCAUCUGAAAGAAGGAGAAAAGGAGGGAUUCUGGUGUAUUUGUGCUGAUGGAUUUGAAGGAGAAAACUGUGAAAUCAAUGUUGAUGAUUGUGAAGAUAAUGAUUGUGAAAAUAAUUCCACCUGUGUUGAUGGAAUUAAUAACUACACAUGCCUUUGUCCACCUGAGUACACAGGCGAGCUGUGUGAGGAGAAGCUGGACUUCUGUGCUCAGGACCUGAACCCCUGCCAGCAUGACUCCAAGUGCAUUCUGACCCCAAAAGGAUACAAGUGUGACUGCACACCAGGAUACAUCGGGGAGCACUGUGACAUCGAUUUUGAUGACUGCCAAGAUAACAAGUGUACAAAUGGGGCCCACUGCACCGACGCGGUGAACGGCUACACGUGCAUCUGUCCCGAAGGCUACAGUGGCUUGUUCUGUGAAUUUUCUCCACCUAUGGUUCUGCCUCGGACCAGCCCCUGUGAUAAUUUUGAUUGUCAGAAUGGAGCUCAGUGCAUCAUCAGGAUAAAUGAGCCCAUAUGCCAGUGUUUACCUGGCUACCAGGGAGAGAAGUGUGAAAAAUUGGUCAGUGUGAAUUUUGUAAACAAAGAGUCCUACCUUCAAAUUCCUUCAGCCAAGGUGCAGCCACAGACAAACAUCACCUUUCAGAUUGCCACCGAUGAAGACAGUGGCAUCCUCCUGUAUAAGGGUGACAAAGACCACAUCGCUGUGGAACUCUACCGCGGGCGCGUGAGGGCCAGCUAUGACACCGGCUCCCACCCGGCUUCUGCCAUUUACAGUGUGGAGACAAUCAAUGAUGGAAACUUCCAUAUUGUGGAGCUGCUUGCCCUGGAUCAGAGUCUCUCCCUCUCCGUGGAUGGAGGGAGCCCCAAAAUCAUCACCAACUUGUCGAAACAGUCCACUCUGAAUCUCGACUCUCCACUCUACGUAGGAGGCAUGCCUGGGAAGAACAAUGUAGCAUCUCUACGCCAGGCCCCCGGGCAGAACGGCACCAGCUUCCAUGGCUGCAUCAGGAAUCUUUACAUCAACAGUGAGCUGCAGGACUUUCAGAAGGUUCCCAUGCAGACAGGCAUUCUGCCCGGCUGUGAGCCAUGUCACAAGAAAGUGUGUGCCCAUGGCACCUGCCAGCCUGGCAGCCCGACGGGCUUCACAUGCGAGUGUGAGGAGGGCUGGAUGGGGCCGCUCUGCGACCAGCGGACCAAUGACCCCUGCCUUGGAAACAAAUGCAUGCAUGGGACGUGCUUGCCCAUCAACGCAUUCUCCUACAGCUGCAAAUGCCUGGAGGGCCAUGGGGGCGUCCUCUGUGAUGAAGAAGAAGAUCUCUUCAACCCCUGCCAGACCAUCAAGUGUAAACACGGCAAGUGCAGGCUCUCGGGGCUCGGACAGCCCUACUGUGAAUGCAGCAGUGGAUACACUGGGGACAGUUGUGACCGAGAAAUCUCUUGUCGAGGGGAGCGGAUCAGAGAUUAUUACCAAAAGCAACAGGGCUACGCCGCCUGUCAAACAACGAAGAAGGUCUCUCGUUUGGAAUGUAAAGGCGGGUGUGUUGGCGGGCAAUGCUGUGGACCUCUUAGGAGCAAGAGACGGAAAUACUCCUUUGAAUGCACGGACGGCUCUUCCUUUGUGGAUGAAGUUGAGAAGGUGGUGAAGUGUGGGUGUAUGAGGUGCAUAUCCUAAACGGUGUCCAGGCAGCCCCUCAGUCUCCGGCAAAGGUUCUAUACUUCUUGACCAUGUUGGACUAAUUCAUGCUUCCUAGUGGAAAUAUUUGAAUUAUAUUGUAAAAUACAGAACAGACUUAUUUUUAUUAUGAGAUUAAAGACUUUUUUCUGCAUUUGGAAAAAAUAAUAAUAAUAAAUUACGCUUGAACUCAAGCUUCCCCAAUGCUGGAGAAGUAUGAAGAAAGCUAUACUUGGAAGCCUAAACAACCGUGAUGGAAACCACGACAGCAUGUCCAUCUUUGGAGCAUGCGAAGACUAGCAGAAGCACACACAAGAGACUGACAGCUAUGGUGCACUGAAAUUGCCCAGAGCAUAAAACCUGUGUCCCUUUAUUUACAUCCAUCCAGGCAGUUCACAAGGACAUAUCAAGUACAUAUGUGUGAAUGGGAGUGCCAGGCAGGGGGAUGGAACUUCAGAAAGCAUCGAUAAAGCAAGGGGAUGAGGAACAU